GCCUUGACGAGCAAUUUUGGGAUUUCUCGCUCAAUUAGUGAAUUAGUGGAUCUAAAGUGAAUUGGUGACAUAGUGAAAUUUAAGUGACAACUUCCAUAUUGCCACGGAUGCAACAUGCCAAGGAAAAGAAGAUCUUCAGAACUGGAUGAUUCUGAAGAUGAAUUCGACGAUAUCAGACAUCCACAACGGAAUGCAGCAAACGCAAGAGAACGAGCUCGAAUGAGGGUAUUAAGCAAAGCUUUUUGCCGUUUGAAAACAACCCUUCCUUGGGUACCAGCAGAUACCAAAUUGUCUAAAUUGGACACGUUACGCUUAGCAACUAGUUAUAUUGCUCACCUCAGAGCUAUUUUGAUGGAUCAGCCAAUACCUCUUGACACUUUCCAUAAACAUCCACUCACUUUGACAUGGCCCUUUAGCUUCCAAAGACCCGACUCAUCAACAGAUGUUACUGGUAACGAGUUACCUCAAGAAUCACAAGCCUGGGGCGACUUGCAGCCUGUCAUCAGGGAUAAGGACGUAUCUUAUUACUAUUAAUAUAUGACUUGGAUUCCCACAAACUUCAACUCACAUAUGUGUGGAUUUUAAAAAUUUGUCAACAGAUAUUUAUUAUGAAAUAUUAGUUAUAAUCGUCUUAUAUGACAUUAGUAGUGAAAUAGUGCAAUAUUUAUAUUAAUUGUAUCAAUUUUUAGACUAGAUCAAUAAAUUAUAUAAUUUAUAAAAUCUAUUAGGUGAAUUUUGCAAAUAAUUGUAAUAUUACAAUGAAAAUAUU